AACAGCAGGAAGGGAGGGGGGGAGUGAACUUGACGGCUGCAGUCAUAUUUUAAGACAAACAUAAUAUUUCCAUCUGACUCGCGCUCCGCGCACUUUCGCCACAGCCUGGAAGGUGUCUGCCACCGUCCUGUCAGCAACCAGUAGAUGUCCGCUCUUUCGGACACCACUGGUGGUAUGUCCCAUCCUGGUCCUUCCCCGGGUGCGGGCCUUUCGCCGGGCCCCAUCCUGGGCCCCAGCCCCGGACCGGACCCGUCGCCCGGCUCCGUUCACAGUAUGAUGGGACCCAGCCCGGGGCCCGGAACCCCCAACGCGGCCCACGGCAUGCAGGGGCAAGCGCAGGGCGACUUCUCCCAGGAUGUUAUGUAUUCUAUGCACAAGCCCAUGGAGGGAAUGAGUGACAAAGCCAUGGCUGACGUGAUGCACUUUGGCGCCAUGAAAGGUGUGGGAAUGAGGUCCCUCCACAGUGGCAUGGGCCCCCCACAGAGCCCCAUGGACCAGCAUAGCCAGGGUUACAUGUCGCCCCAUCCGUCACCCAUGAGCGUGCACGAGCAUGCAUCCAGCCCUAUGUCAGGGGGCGGAGGACCCACGCCGCCCCAUAUGCCUCCCUCCCAGCAAGGCCCCAUGAUGCCCAUGGAUCCCCACGGAGGCGGUGGCCAGCAGGGCAGGGGGCCGUCCACGUUCAGUUCGGGCCAACUGCAGCAGCUCAGAGCUCAAAUCCUGGCCUACAAGAUCCUGGCCCGGGGGCAGCCACUGCCCGACAACCUUCAGUUGGCUGUUCAGGGCAAGAGGAGCCUACCCACAAUGCAGCCGCAGCCGCAGCAACAGGGGCCGGGUGGUAGUCCUUACAGCAGGUCUCAAGGCAUGCCCAUGGCACCUUUGGGUGGAUCCCAGUCAAGCCCCUGCCCCACUCCGGUGAUGCAAGGUCACAAUCAAAGCACAGGACCCAAACCUUGGCCUGACGGCCAGGGUGGUGACAAUCCAGCCAGCGCCUCCAAGCACCUCGCCCCGGCUGCCAGCGGUCGGCCUUCCCCCGCACCCCCGCAGGCCCCCGUCAUGCCGUCGGUGCCGCUGCCAGGCGGCUCCAUGACCCCUCAGCCGGCGGGCCAGCAGGUGUCCCCUAUGCUGCAGAUGCAGCAGAAACAGAACCGAGUCACGCCCAUCCAGAAGCCCCAGGGCCUGGACCCGGUGGGCAUCCUGCAGGAGAGAGAGUACAGGCUGCAGGCUCGAAUUGCACAUCGCAUCCAAGAGCUGGAGAGUCUGCCGGGCUCCCUGCCACCCGACCUGAGGACCAAGGCAACAGUGGAGCUCAAGGCACUGCGUCUCCUCAACUUCCAGCGGCAGCUGAGGCAGGACGUGGUAGCGUGCAUGAGGCGGGACACCACCCUGGAGACGGCCCUCAACUCCAAAGCCUACCGGCGCAGCAAGCGCCAGACGCUGAGGGAGGCGCGCAUGACGGAGAAGCUGGAGAAGCAGCAAAAGCUGGAGCAAGAGAAGAAACGCAGACAGAAGCACCAGGAAUACCUCAACAGUAUUCUUCAGCAUGCUAAAGACUUCAAGGAGUACCACCGCUCCGUGUCCGGGAAAAACCAAAAGCUCACUCGAGCCAUUGCGACCUGGCACACCAACACGGAGAGGGAGCAGAAGAAAGAGACUGAAAGGAUCGAGAAGGAGAGAAUGAGGAGACUUAUGGCCGAGGACGAGGAGGGCUACCGUAAACUGAUUGACCAAAAGAAGGACAAGCGCCUGGCGUACUUGCUGCAGCAGACGGACGAGUACGUGGCCAACCUCACCUCCCUCGUGUACGAACACAAAGCCGCGCAGGCCGCCAAGGAGAAGAAGAGGAAGAAGAAGAAGAAGAAGAGGGUGGAUGGAGACGUCGGUGAAGGCACCAGUGCUAUCGGACCUGAUGGAGAACCCAUGGAUGAAAGCAGCCAGAUGAGUGAGCUGCCCGUCAAAGUCAUUCAGACGGAGACGGGGAAAGUUUUACAGGGAACAGAUGCUCCCAAGUCCAGCCAGCUGGAGGCGUGGCUUGAGAUGAACCCUGGGUACGAAGUGGCGCCUCGGUCGGAUAGUGAGGAGAGCGGCUCUGAAUUUGAGGAGGAGGAGGAAGAGGAGGUGUCCAAAGCAGAAAGCGAGGAGAAGACCAUAAGCGAUCCCAAAGGGGAGGGAGGAUGCGGGACGGCGUCCAAGCACAUUAUCGAGUCGGUCAAGCAAGAUGUGGAUGACGAGUACAGCGUCCCGACGGGCCAGACCAGCUCCCAGUCUUAUUACGGUGUGGCUCAUGCUGUCAUCGAGAGGGUGGAGAAGCAGGCAUCUCUCCUGAUCAACGGCACACUCAAACAUUACCAGGUCCAGGGUCUGGAGUGGAUGGUGUCGCUGUACAACAACAACUUGAACGGCAUCCUGGCUGAUGAGAUGGGCCUCGGCAAGACCAUCCAAACCAUCGCCCUUAUCACCUACCUGAUGGAGCACAAGAGGCUCAACGGCCCCUAUCUAAUCAUCGUCCCUCUCUCGACUUUGUCCAACUGGGUUUAUGAACUUGACAAGUGGGCCCCAUCUGUGGUCAAAAUAUCUUACAAGGGCACCCCCGGUUUGCGACGUGGAUUCGUGCCGCAACUCCGAAGCGGAAAAUUUAACGUUUUGCUGACGACCUACGAAUACAUCAUCAAGGACAAGCAUAUACUGGCCAAGAUCCGCUGGAAGUACAUGAUUGUGGACGAGGGUCACCGCAUGAAGAAUCACCACUGCAAGCUGACCCAGGUGCUGAAUACUCACUACGUGGCCCCCCGCCGCCUCCUCCUCACCGGCACGCCACUGCAGAACAAACUGCCCGAGCUGUGGGCGCUGCUCAACUUUCUGCUGCCCACCAUCUUUAAGAGCUGCACUACCUUUGAGCAGUGGUUCAACGCCCCCUUCGCCAUGACGGGGGAGAGGGUUGACCUGAAUGAGGAGGAGACCAUCCUGAUUAUUCGCCGCCUGCACAAAGUGCUCCGUCCCUUCCUGCUUCGCCGCCUAAAGAAAGAGGUGGAGUCUCAGCUGCCGGAGAAGGUGGAGUAUGUCAUCAAAUGUGACAUGUCGGCCAUCCAGAAGGUUCUGUACAGGCACAUGCAGAAAGGCAUCCUCCUCACAGACGGCUCAGAAAAAGACAAGAAGGGUAAAGGAGGCGCAAAGACCUUGAUGAACACCAUCAUGCAGCUGAAGAAGAUCUGCAACCAUCCAUACAUGUUCCAACACAUCGAGGAAUCGUUUGCUGAGCAUAUGGGAUAUCCAAACGGCAUCAUCAGCGGACCUGAUCUGUACCGAGCCUCUGGGAAGUUUGAGCUUCUCGAUCGCAUCCUGCCAAAGCUGCUGGCCACCAACCACCGAGUUCUGCUCUUCUGCCAGAUGACCACGCUCAUGACCAUCAUGGAGGACUACUUUGGCCACCGCAACUUUCAGUAUUUACGCCUGGAUGGAACCACCAAGUCCGACGACCGAGCGUUGCUUCUAAAGAAAUUUAACGAGCCGGGAUCGCAGUACUUCAUCUUCCUGCUCAGCACCCGAGCCGGCGGCCUCGGCCUCAACCUGCAGGCCGCCGACACUGUCGUCAUCUUCGACAGCGACUGGAACCCACAUCAGGACCUCCAGGCUCAGGACCGCGCUCACCGCAUCGGCCAGCUGAACGAGGUGCGCGUUCUUCGCCUUUGCACCGUCAACAGCGUGGAGGAGAAGAUCCUGGCAGCUGCCAAGUACAAGCUCAACGUGGACCAAAAGGUCAUUCAGGCCGGCAUGUUCGACCAGAAGUCCUCCGGCCAAGAGCGCCGGGUCUUCCUCCAGGCCAUUCUCGAGCACGAGGAGCAGAAUGAAGAGGAAGACGAGGUACCAGAUGAUGAAACCCUCAACCAGAUGAUCGCUCGCAACGAAGACGAGUUCGAGCUUUUCAUGCGUUUUGACAUGGAUCGACGGCGGGAGGAUGCCAGGAACCCUAAGCGUAAGCCCCGCCUAAUGGAGGAGGACGAGUUGCCCUCGUGGAUCAUCAAGGACGACGCUGAGGUGGAACGCCUGACGUACGAGGAGGAGGAGGAAAAGAUCUUCGGCCGAGGGUCGCGCUGCCGCCGGGACGUGGACUACAGUGACGCGCUGACCGAGAAACAGUGGCUGCGGGUAAAAAAAGAUCUCUUUGUGACUCAUUUUUGGGAAUUUUUCGGAACUCGCUGUGUUCCCCAAUGGCAGGCAGUUGAGGAUGGCAACCUGGAGGAGAUGGAAGAAGAGAUACGACUGAAGAAGCGCAAACGCAAGCGGCGUCCGGACAAAGACCCGUCCGACCGGGAGGACUGGGGCGCCAAGGCCAAGAAGAGACGAGGACGCCCGCCUGCUGAGAAGCUCUCCCCCAACUCCCCGAAACUCACCAAGCAAAUGAACACCAUCAUCGAUACAGUCAUCAACUACAGGGAUGGGUCCGGAAGACAGCUCAGCGAGGUCUUUGUCCAGCUGCCGUCCAGAAAGGAGCUUCCAGAAUACUAUGAGCUAAUCAGAAAGCCUGUGGAUUUCAAGAAAAUCAAGGAACGUGUCAGGAGUCAUAAGUACCGAACUGUCAGCGACCUGGAGAAGGAUGUAAUGCUGCUCUGUCACAACGCCCAGACCUUCAACCUGGAGGGUUCCCAGAUAUAUGAGGACUCCAUCGUCCUGCAGUCCGUGUUCAAGAGCGCCAGGCAGAAGAUUGCCAAAGACGAGGAGAGCGAGGAGGACAGUGAGGAUGAUGAGGAGGAGGAAGAGUCAGAGGCUGAGGGUGAGGCUAAGCCGGUGUGGGUCAAGAUCAAACUGAACAAAGAAGCCCGGAGUGCCGAGCGAGGCAAGAAGCGGCAAAGCAGAGCCAAGGCCAAGCCUGUUGUCAGCGACGACGACAGUGACGACGACCAAGACGCCAAUGACCAGUCGGACGGGAGCAGGAGUGAUGACGAGUGAGGAGGUGCAACCUGAAAUAAGGUCCUAUACUGUCCAGGUUCUUUUUUUUUUGGGUCUCCUUCUUCAUUUGUCCUGUUAGUUCACGCAGUGUACGUCUUCCUUAUUCCCCAUAUCCUUGUUUUCAAAGACACUUUUUUUAGUACAUUUUUAAACUUCCAGAGAGGCUUAUAUCACUAGCUUUUGCAAUUGUUACUUAACGCUCGCUUGCACCUUUACAAGACCACAUAAUGACAUGAAAUUUUGGGGGAAAAAAAGUGGGCAUAAUUGGGCAUCACCUCGCGCAGUGCCAAGUUGUCUACCAAGAAGCACACGCUUACUUACGCUCACUAACAAGUUUGUUUUGCUCCUGGACUGCUGGAGUGGACUUUUGCAGAACAUUAGAAACGAGGGACAAAAACAUUGUUAAAAAAUAAAAAUCAGUAUUAUGGCUUUUAAACAAUAUAUUUGAAUCAGUAUUUUUGAUGUAUUUGUGCAUCCGGUAUCGGGGCAGUCUUUGUGGAUUUUCUGUGUUUUUUAGCAUGUAAGUCAUUUUGCCGUAUCCUCGCCCGUAUCAAGUGUGACUUAAUGUUUGCUUUCUUUGCACAAUGUCUUCGUGGUCGUGUCGCAUAGCCCAGAGCCAAUUAAAAAUCACCAAUUUGGAGCACAAAAAA